AUGUGUGUGGCCUACUGUGUGCUCAGUGUUGAGUCAUUAAUCUCCUGCAGGAUUAUGUUGUUGUUGAGCAAAGCAGCUGCAGCUCUUGUAAGAAUCAGAAUGGACCAACGUUUCACUCCUCUGGAAAGACUGAAGUUCAAUAACGUUGCGUUGAAAGCGCUGCCAGUGGAUUCAUCUCUAGAACCGGGCUCACGGAUUGUAAAAGCAGCAUGUUUUUCCCUAGUAAAGCCACAGCCGCUGAUCAAACCAACAAUUGUUGCGUUGUCUGGACCGGCUCUUGCUUUACUGGGACUGAAGGCGGAAGAUGUUUUAAAGGACCCUCAUGCGGCGGAAUAUCUGAGUGGGUCUCAGCUGAUACCGGGGUCUGAGACCGCUGCACACUGCUAUUGUGGACACCAGUUCGGUCAGUUUGCAGGACAACUGGGGGAUGGGGCAGUGUGUUAUUUGGGGGAAGUGGAGGUGGAGGUCAGGGCUGAGCAAACUACUGAUCCGAGCAGCACAAGUCCUUGUGGUCGGUGGGAAAUUCAGGUUAAAGGUGCUGGGCUGACACCUUAUUCUAGGCUGUCUGAUGGACGUAAAGUGCUGCGCUCCAGCAUUCGGGAGUUCCUGUGCAGCGAGGCCAUGUUCGCUUUGGGGAUUCCCACAACCCGAGCAGGAUCUCUGGUAACCUCUGACCUUUAUGUCCAGAGGGAUGUGUUUUAUAGUGGCAAUCUCAAACCAGAGAGGUGCUCAGUGGUGCUCAGAAUAGCACCCACCUUCAUCAGAUUUGGCUCGUUUGAGAUCUUCCACCCUCUGGAUGAUUUCACAGGAAGACAAGGCCCUAGUGUGGGACGGCCUGAUAUUCGUGCAGGACUUCUGGAUUAUGUCAUUGAAACAUUCUACCCUGAAAUACAGAGAGGAUAUUUAGAGCGCCAAGAGAGGAAUGCUGCCUUCUUCAGAGAGGUGACUGUUAGAACUGCCAAACUGGUGGCCCUUUGGCAAAGUGUGGGAUUUUGCCAUGGUGUUCUCAACACAGACAACAUGAGCAUCCUGGGGCUCACUAUAGACUACGGCCCUUUUGGCUUCAUGGACAGGUUUGACCCUGAGUUUGUGUGCAAUGCCUCUGAUAAGAAGGGCCGCUAUACUUAUGAAGCUCAGCCGUAUGUCUGCCGCUGGAACCUGGCACGCUUGGCUGAAGCUCUCGGCUCAGACAUCCAGUCAACUAAAGCAGGUGUUAUUUUAGAUGAGUUCAUGCCCCUUUAUGAGGACUUCUACCUGGGCAACAUGAGGAAGAAGCUGGGUCUACUGGGAAAACACAAACCAGAGGAUGGGGAACUGGUGGCGGAUUUGUUGAAGACCAUGCACAUUACAGGUGCAGACUUCACAAACACAUUUCGUCUGCUCAGUGACAUAUCCAGCCCUGUUGGUGAUCAUGCAGAGAAAGAUAAUACAGACUCAGUAGUGGAACUGAUUGUGGAUCAGUGUGCAUCGCUGGAGGAGCUAAAGGUGGCAAACCAUCCUACAAUGCAACCCGGUGAGUUGGAGAUGAUUCUCUCCAUGGCUGAGACAAAUCCAGAUAUGUUCAACAUGGUAGCCAAUCAGCCAGAGGUUGCCAAGCAGCUGGAGAAGAUAGGGAGGCUGAGGGAGCUUCUGAUGAUCAGUGAGGCGGAGCUAAAAAUCAAGCAGAGAGAACAUUGGCAGAGAUGGGUCAAACAAUACAGGAAACGUCUGAGUUUUGAAUGUAACCAAGCAAGUGACCCUGCUUCAGUAGAGAAAGAAAGGGUUCGAUCUAUGAACUCCACCAAUCCUGCUGUGGUCUUGCGUAACUAUAUUGCCCAGAAUGCAAUUGAUGCAGCUGAAAAGGGUGAUUUUUCAGAGGUUCAACGGGUGCUUAAAGCUUUGGAGAACCCUUAUUCAGUGAGUCCUGAUCUGGAGUGUCCAGUGUGGUCAGCAGGAAGAGGAUCAGGUCAAGCUGAUGGUAUUAGCAUUAAGGGACAGGAAGUGAUGGAAAACGCAUUAAGAAAAACAGCAGCUGAAACUCACCAUAUGCCAUACAACAGCAAACCUCCUGAAUGGGCCAAAACAAUCUUCAUCACAUGAUCAUCCUAAAAACCUCCCAAACAUUACAGUACAAGUCUGUUCGAGAACAUGUAAAACAUGGAGGUAUAUUCCUCCCAUGUUUAUCGAUCAGGUAAAGUACUUAGUGCUGUGGGAGGCUGAGCAACACACAACACUCUUUGCUUCAGAUAAUGCAGAGAUGAAACCCACAUGUGUUUUUUUUUUUUUUAAAUAUUGCAUGAUACACACUCUGCUAGCAUCUAAGACAGAAUUGUGAAAUAUAUAACCAUAAUUGCAAGAAACAUGUUAAAAUAGUGUAUAGAGCAGAUAUAAGCGUGCAAUUCUGUUUAUUUAAUUAACUUUUUUCCUGGAAUUGCACGAUGACUCCAUUAGCUAUUAAAACAUAAUUCAUAAUUGCAAGAAAAAAGUUAUAUAAUACAGAUAUAAACUAACAACUCAGAUUUUUUAAUUAACUUUUUUCUUAGAUUUGCAUGAUACGUACUCUGCUAGUUAUUUAAUACAGAAUUGUGUAAUAUAUAUUCAAAAUUGCAGGAAUAAGUUGAUGUAGAGUGGACUUAUUUCCUCAGAAUUGCAGUUGCUAGUCAUAAAGUCAAUUGUAAGGUAAAACAUACUAUUUUCUUACAAUUUACACCUUGCACUUCUGACUUCAUAACAAACUAUUUUGAGUUUACAUUUCACAGUUCUGUACAAAAAGCAAGUUUUUACAAUGCAGCUCUAAGAAAGAAGUAAGAGUUGUGAGAUAUAAACUCACAUGUGAAUGAAAAAAAAGUCAGGAUUUUAAUCAAUUGUGAAAACAUGCUUCCAUACAACACAGAGACUAAUUUGGAUGGAUAGAUUUUCUAAAUUAUUCCAAAGUCAAAUCUCUUCCAUUAUCUGAUCAAUGACGACUCAGAUGAUUAGCUGAACAGGCCCGUCUGUGUUUGAAAAGCAAGGAGUCUGUAUUGUGCACACAUUUGAACACAUCUCUUUAAAUAUCACACUUACAGCAUGCAGUAAUCACUUAGACAUGUAAUAGGUAGAUCACCUCAUAAUUAUUGCUCUCAAAAUCUAAAGUACACUGUAAUAAGUGAUUAGUUACUUUACAUUAAUAAAGUAAGUAAACCAGUUGCCUUUAAAAAGAAACAAGUUGAUUUUACCUAAAAAAAAGUUAGUAAACCCUUGACUUAACUUUAUAUUAAGCACAUAGUUUGUUUACUUAAUAAUUAUAAGGCAACCAGUUUACUCUCUAUUUUAAAGUAAAACGUUUACAGUGUUUAUGUUUAAUACAAUCGCUUAGUUUCAAUUUUUUGCAUGGGAUUAAAGUAAUUGACCAACUUAUAUCGUCCAAAAGCACAAUUAAAAUCUAGGUAAUAUGAUUUAAAGGUCACACUUUAUUUUGGUGGUCCGUUUGUUGAAUUUAAGUUACAUUGCAUCUACAUGCCAACUAUAUGUCAUUAGAUUAUAAGUAGACUGUUGAGGAAGCAGUAUCAACAGAUAUUAAGCAGACAGUCUACUAAUACUCAAAUGGACCAUCAAAUUAAAGUGGUACUGAUUGAAAUGCUUAAUUUGAAGUCUUACUAAUGAUUUUGUGAAACUAACAAAUUAACAUUAUACAAAAAAGCUUAGGAAAAAA